GAGGCUCAGCUCCUGCCGUCUCCAGGCCUCGCGCUGCGCCCUGCUGGAAAUGCCGUGCGGGGUUCAGCGUGCAUUCACCUCAUCCGUGCUCAGCCCCUCGUUCUGAGGGGGACAAGGGCAGCUGAUCCCGGCCGAGCCCGUCCGUGAGGGCGGCCCAGGAGCGGCUCGCCAUGCCCACGGUGGUGGUGGUGGACGUGUCGCUGUCCAUGACGCGGCCCGUGUCGGUGGAGGGCUCCGAGGAGUACCAGCGCAAGCACCUGGCUGCCCACGGGCUCACCAUGCUCUUCGAGCACAUGGCCACCAACUACAAGCUGGAGUUCACGGCCUUGGUGGUGUUUUCAUCCCUCUGGGAGCUCAUGGUGCCCUUCACAAGAGACUACAACACACUCCAGGAAGCCCUCAGUAACAUGGAUGAUUAUGACAAAACCUGUUUGGAGUCAGCGCUGCUGGGGGUUUGCAAUAUUGUGCAGCAGGAGUGGGGGGCAGCAAUUCCUUGCCAGGUUGUCCUGGUCACCGACGGCUGCCUGGGCAUCGGCCGGGGCUCCCUGCGCCACUCCCUGGCCACCCACAGCCAGCGCAGCGACAGCAACAGGUUCCCCCUGCCCUUCCCGUUCCCGUCCAAGCUCUACGUCAUGUGCAUGGCCAACCUGGAGGAGCUUCAAAGCACAGAUUCCUUAGACUGCCUGGAACGGCUCAUUGAUUUAAACAAUGGGGAAGGGCAGAUUUUCACCAUUGAUGGCCCCCUGUGCCUGAAGAAUGUGCAGUCCAUGUUUGGAAAGCUAAUAGACCUGGCUUAUACACCAUUCCAUGCUGUCCUCAAGUGUGGCCACUUAACAUCUGAUGUGCAAGUAUUUCCCAGACCAGAGCCUUUCAUUAUAGAUGAGGAAAUAGACCCCAUUCCUAAAGCAAUUAAUACAGAUCUAGAAAUUGUUGGGUUUGUAGAUAUUGCAGACAUUUCCAGCCCUCCUGUCUUGUCCAGACACUUGGUACUGCCCAUUGCACUUAACAGAGAGGGGGAUGAGGUGGGACCUGGGAUCACAGAUGACACUGAAGAUGAGAAUUCAGCUAAUCAGAUUGCUGGGAAAAUCCCCAACUUCUGUGUUUUAUUACAUGGCAGCCUGAAAGUGGAAGGCAUGGUGGCUCUCGUCCAGUUGGGGCCAGAGUGGUAUGGAAUGCUUUAUUCACAAGCUGAUAGCAAGAAGAAAUCAAACCUCAUGAUGUCACUCUUUGAACCUGGUCCUGAGCCCCUCCCAUGGCUGGGGAAGAUGGCACAGCUUGGCCCCAUUUCAGAUGCAAAAGAAAAUCCUUAUGGAGAGGAUGACAACAAGAGCCCCUUCCCUCUGCAGCCCAAGAACAAGCGCAGCUACGCUCAGAAUGUCACGGUGUGGAUCAAGCCCAGUGGCCUGCAGACAGAUGUACAGAAGAUCUUGAGAAAUGCAAGGAAACUCCCUGAAAAAACACAGACCUUCUAUAAAGAGCUGAACCGUUUGCGAAAGGCAGCUCUGGCCUUCGGCUUCCUGGAGCUGCUGAAGGGCGUGGCUGACAUGCUGGAGCGGGAGUGCACGCUGCUGCCCGACACCGCCCACCCCGACGCCGCCUUCCAGCUCACACACGCGGCCCAGCAGCUCAAGGUGGCAAGUACUGGGGCCUCGGAAUACGCUGCCUAUGAUCACAACAUUGCUCCUCUGCAGACUGACUUUUCCAGCAGCAGCACUGAGAGAAUGUGAAGUCUCCAUUUUGGGAGCUUCUCUAGAUUAAGGCUCAAGCAGUUCAGAUUUUCUUCUGGCCUGUUCAAUUGCUGUUUGAAGAACUUCCUAUCCAAACGGGGAAGUUUUGCAUCAGUGCUCUCUAAACAAACGCAGCUCGUUUGUGGUGGCUGUUAGUCAGACCUGGAAACUGUGGAAAGUGUCCCAAACCCAGUGGUGGUGUUGGAUGAUGGGUAGAAGUUUAGUACAUGUGAGGAGACAAAAAAAUGCCAUUGGCAGCUCUUGGAUUUUGGCCUCCCCAAAAUGCAGUUACUACACAAUCGAACUUGCUGGUGAAAGUAUCCUAAAAGGCAGCUACUACACUUUAAACAUCAACUUGAUUAGUCCAAAGAAAGGUGUGAAAAGCACCCUGCAGGAUCAGAUACAAAACUGAUUUUGGGGUGUUGGCCCUGACUUUAUGCCCAGACUGUUUGUACUAAGCAUUAUCACUUGCAUUGCAGUGCUUAUGCUUCUGAAAGUAACUUGAUCUUGGGACAUAUGUUUUUUUUAUUUGCAUAAUACAAAUAAAGAGUAAUUCUUCAUGAAAAUUUAA